CUUUUAUGAUAAAAAAAUAAAAAUUACAGGCAACAACUCGGAGCUGAGACUAUCUCCGACCGACCGGCGACUGCCGCUCUUCUGCCACUCAUACUUGCCGCCGUUGAAGAGACCUCAGAACCAAAAUCUCCAAAAACUGCACUGAAUUAGCUUCACUCAGAAUACCAUGGAUUCGCAAAGCCAGAAUACUUCAUUGCAGCGGCUGCAAAAUGUUGAGAAGAGGAUAGUCAGAGUUCUGGAGCUAGCAGGAGGUGUAAUGGAUGAAAUGGCAAAUCCGAGCGGCCCCAGGAAGGAGCUUAUUAACAACCAUUGCAGUGAGUUCAUGCAACUAAUCAAGGACAUUCAAGUCACACUGCGAGAAGAAAUCAAAAGUGCAUGUGAAUAUCGUCCUUUUGAGAAGUGUGACUAUGUACCAAGAAUAUCAAACGAGAUCUGUUGCAAGAAACUCGAGUAUGUCAUUUCUCAGUUCGACAAUAUGAAACAAACAAUUGAGGGAUAUCAUGCUGCAGCAUUAGACCAUAUGGCCCUUGAUUAGUAGGUAAUAUACUCAGUGUUGCUUCUUGUUCAUGUGGAAACAUAAAUAUCUACGACAGCAACUACUACACCUCAACUCCAAGCAAGUUGUAGCCGGUUAAUCUGCCAAAGUUUAUUUAUUUAAAGCGUUUAAAUCAAUACCUCAGGAUGACCACUUUUGUGUGAAUAAGUUUGCCGCUGGAUCUCUACUAAUGAUAUGAAAUCUUGUCGCAGUUGAAAAUUUCUUCGAACAUGAUAUUACAUGUCUGUGAAAACUUAGGUUUUUCUUGGUUCUUCAGUAAGCGAUGA